GAUUCCGCGCGAAAAUUCUUCUUCCUGUGAGGAGCGAAUAUUUCCGCAGUGUUUGUUGAUGGACCUUAUCUUUACCUUCCUGAUUUCAUAGAACAACCGUGCAGUUUUUCGCUUUGCCCGUUUUGCGUGUGUGUCCCGGAGCAACAUGUCUCAGGCUCGGGUUACUGAUUUCUUUCCUCAUAGCAAGAAAGGCACCGUCGCUCCGGCCAAGUCAGCCCCGCAGCACUGCGGAGCCUCUCGGACCAGCACGAGAUCAAAGUCCUCUAAAAACAAAGACGCUUUUCUGUGCCCGUCUUCUGUCCGUGAGGAGUUUGUCCGAGUUAUCGACGAGGUAGUGAGGCUGAACGACGGCCAAUCUGCUGCUAGCAACACCGCAAAACAACAUCCCUGCAGUCCUCGGACACCGAAGCGGACGUCGGCUGAUGCGGCGCUUCAAGCCGAGGCAGCGGUCACCAGCGGGCACAGCGCGGCCAAGAAGAGACGACAGACGGAGGCUGCGGGACAAACUACAACCAGUGUUUCGGACAAAGGACAGAAAAGGUCUGCAAGGAAGAAACUCAUCCUGCCCGAAGAGACAGCACAGGCUGGACUCCACCUCGUUCCCAGUGAGACGAUCCUGCAGCCCUUGGCUCCAUCCAUCUCCAUUAGUGGACAGACUGCUGAAAACCAAGCUAAGCUACGACCAGAUAGCUCUCUGCAGAGGAGUCAAGAGGAGAACCCUGCAGGACAAACCAAGAAGGCUCUGUGUAAAGAGGAUCUUGCCUCUCUCAAGUCUCGCCUCCAGAGGAUCAGGAAAGUUGCAAAGGAAAGCACCAGUUCUUCUUCCUUGGCCUCAGUUUCCACAGCUUCCUCUUCAGCUUGUGUAGCACCUAAUGAUACUACCCCCCCUGUUCACAAGACCGCCACUUCCCCCACCUCUGAUACCAAGGCUCUCAAGUUAACUGUAGCGCAUGCCAAAGAGCUUGCAGCUAAAGCUCAGAGGAGGAGGGAAGAGAGAGAGACUCAAGAGGGAAAACAGACUGAGACACAAACUCAGGACAGCACUGAACAACCAGCAUAUCAGCGGUACCACACCCUAGCCCAGGGUGCCCUCCCAGGCCUCUCACUGCCUUACCAAUACAAGUUGCUGGCUGAGAUGUUCAGGAGUAUGGACACUGUGGUGGCCAUGCUGCACAACCGCCGUGAGACGCCCACUUUCACCAAGAUCAAGCAAGGAGUUCAGGACAUGAUGCAUAAGCGGUUUGAGGAGAGUCACAUGGGUCAGAUAAAGACUGUGUUCCCUGAGGCGUAUUCGUUCAGACAGGAGAAGAACAUCCCAUCGUUCAACAGCAGCAUAAAGAAGGGCAGUUACCAGCUCACUGUGGAGCCAAUCAUUCCCUCCGGUCAGAAUGAAGCCGAACAUGUACUCUCAGCCUCGCGUCUCCUGGAGAGAAAACAGAUCUUCCACCAAAACCUGAUUUCCAUUGUCAAACACCACCACAAAGCCUUCCUGUCCUCACUGGUUCCUCCAGUUUCUGUUCCAGAAGACAAACUGACUCGCUGGCACCCUCGCUUUAAUGUGGACACUGUGCCAGCUGUCCAGACGAGCCCACUGCCUCAGGUUCCUCACACCGACAAACUGGUCACGGCUCAGGAGGUGCUAGACAAGGCCUGCUCUUUUAUCACACCCAAGAUGGAGAAGGCUCUGGUUUCGCUGGCUCUGAAGACAGAAGACAAAGCUACAGAGAGUAAUGAGCCAAAGCUUCCACAGCAACCAGCAGCCAUUCAGAUAUCAAAUCCAUCAAAUGCUCCUGCAGCUCAGGUCCCAGUUGCUCUGAAAGGGGUGUCCCAGUCGCUGCUGGACAGGAUUCGGGCAAAGGAGGCCCAGAAGCUCCAGGCAGUCAUGACUCGAAAUCCUAUCCAGGAGGAGCGCCUAUUGAUGAUGUCACGGCUCGGGGAGCUGGCAAGGAUUCUCCGCAAUGUAUUUGUUGCAGAGAAAAAAGCUGCUUUAAUAAUGGAAGUGGCCUGUAACAGGAUGGUAGCCAGCUACAGAUCUACUCUCAGCACAGGUGAAAUGGAGAAACACAUCCGUCUGCUGGCAGAAGUGGCUGCUGACUGGCUGACUAUUCAUCCAAUCAGGAAGGACUUCUACUUGAAGCUGAACAAGAACAUGGAGCUCAGCAUUGUUCUGGACAAACUGAGCCGCAGACUUCGAGAGGAAGAGAGACUCUGAGAGACUUUUCAUUCCCAUUGAAAUGACAGAAUGAUGACUGAGGUGGUCUUUCACUGAGUGCGCUCAGGUACCUGCUGGCUAGUUGUUGAAGCGCCGUAUUUUUUUGAAAACACAACUGCUUUGUUAGCAGGGUUGUGUGGUGUGCCCCUCUUGUGAUAAUAGUUCAGGUAUUCUUCCUGUGUUAGCAGGUUGUUUUAAUUAUUCCACUGUUGAUGUUCUUUUUUUUUAAACAUCCAUGAAGGUUUAAUAUUUGUCUACUGAGUACCAGUCUUUUAGGGAUCAGUUUUCUACAAUGUAGAACUCAUGAGUGUUUACAUUUUAAGUAUUACUGUUUGAUAAUGUUUAAGAAAUACAAGUAUUUAACGGAGCACCACUGUCUCCAAUUUCCUAUACUGUGAAUGCAGUUCGUUAAAUAUAACGCUAGAUAAUUUGAGUGACUUGUGUGAAGAGUUCUUCUUUGACAGUGGGAUGCCAUAAAUUCAAGACCUUGUCAGGAGUCAAUUCUAUGCUAUCAUGAAAGCUCUUUCUGUUGUGCUGAUAGAAGUCAGUGAAAAUAAAAUUCUACUCACCUGUCAGCACCUGUUGAGACUGUCAAAUCACUGCAACACUUUGUAACGUCACAGGUGAAAAACACUCUCCUUCAUCCUUCACGUGCAUUUGGAGGUGAGAUCAUUGAGGUAAAGAUGCUUUUCCAUGGUUUUGACAUUUGUCCUGUAAGCAAAUGUAACUGUACUCCAUGUCUCAACAGCUUCACUGGUAAAACAAAUGAACUGAUCUUAUUCAUUAAGCUGUCUGUAUAGCAACAACAUUUGAAGAGGAUUCAACGUUAACUUCUUGCAAAUGGCAACGACGAUCCAUUGACACACAUUGGCACUGACGAACAUUAAACUAAGUCACAGCAUCUUUGGAUGAGCUUAUCUGCAGGUCUUGUCUUAAGGCAAAACAUUGUUAGUUAAAUAAGUUGCACAUUUUAUAAUACAAGAAAUGUAGACAUGCAGAAUUACAGAGCAGUUUUAUACAAUUAGAUAAACAUCCUGCUGUUGUGGCAGCAGUAUUAACUAUGCAUUGGUUUGCAAAAUUAUCGUGAUGAAAAAGAUACUGUUGUUGUGCAGCAGCUGGAGGCAGGCAGCUAGAGGUGGUUGUAGCUCGAGCUAAAAGCCACAGUUAAGGUGAAAUCAGCACAUGUUCCUGCUACCCAACCAAAAAAAAAAAGAUCGAACAGAAAGGAUGUGCUAGGUGCACUCUGUCUAUCAAAGAAAUGAGGUGUGAGUGUGAGUGAUUCAGGCAGUCUGAGCUUUGUUUUAGAGAUGACAUUGUUUGACAUUGAGAAUAUUAUUGAACUCCAUGUACAUUUGAACUUGUUACCAUCUCUAACCCUAAAAAAUAAACAAUUUACAACUUAA